CCCGAGUCGGCGGCGGGGGCCCGUGGUCGGUGCGCGACCCGGGCUGGCGGUGGUUUCCGGUUCCGUGGGGCUGGCGGGCGAGCGGGCGGCCGGGAUCGGCGGCGGCGGAGCUUGACAGACAAUGAGGGCGGCGGGGCGGCGCUGAGCGGCAGCGGCGGCGGCGGCGGCGGCGAGCGACGCGGGGCCCGGGGGCGGGGCGGGGCGCCAGCCAUGGACAAUCAGUGCACCGUCCAGGUGAGGCUAGAGCUGGGGCACCGUGCCCAACUGCGCAAGAAGCCCACCACGGAGGGCUUUACCCACGACUGGAUGGUGUUUGUCCGCGGCCCCGAGCAAUGUGAAAUCCAGCACUUCGUGGAGAAGGUGGUCUUCUGGCUGCACGACAGCUUCCCCAAGCCCAGACGAGUGUGCAAGGAGCCCCCCUACAAAGUGGAGGAGUCGGGGUAUGCUGGCUUCAUCAUGCCCAUCGAGGUGCACUUCAAAAACAAGGAGGAGCCAAGGAAAGUCUGCUUCACCUACGACCUGUUCCUGAACCUGGAAGGCAAUCCGCCCGUCAACCACCUGCGCUGCGAGAAGCUCACCUUCAACAACCCCACCACGGAGUUCCGGUACAAGCUCCUUCGGGCCGGCGGGGUGAUGGUAAUGCCCGAAGGAGCAGACACGGUGUCCAGGCCCAGUCCCGACUACCCCAUGUUACCCACAAUUCCACUCUCUGCCUUCUCUGACCCCAAGAAGACCAAACCAUCCCACGGCUCCAAGGACGCAAACAAGGAGAGCAGCAAGGCCUCCAAGCCGCACAAGGUGACCAAGGAGCACCGGGAGCGGCCCCGCAAAGACUCCGAGAGCAAGAGCUCCUCCAAGGAGCUGGAGCGCGAGCAGGCCAAGAGCUCCAAGGACAGCUCGCGGAAGCUGGGCGAGGGCCGGCUGCCCAAGGAAGAGAAGGCCCCACCGCCCAAGGCUGCCUUCAAGGAGCCCAAGAUGGCCCUGAAAGAGACCAAGCUGGAAAGCACGUCCCCCAAGGGCGGGCCCCCGCCCCCGCCGCCGCCCCCACCCCGGGCUUCCAGCAAGCGGCCAGCCACCGCCGACUCACCAAAGCCCAGCGCCAAGAAGCAGAAGAAGAGCAGCUCGAAGGGGUCCCGGAGUGCUCCAAGCACCUCGCCCCGCACCUCCUCCUCUUUCUUGGACAAGAAGCCAGUCAAGGACAAGAGCAGCACCAGAGGGGAGAAGGUGAAGGCCGAGAGUGAGCCCCGGGAGGCCAAAAAGGCCCUGGAGGUGGAGGAGUCCAACUCGGAGGACGAGGCCUCCUUCAAGUCCGAGUCUGCCCAGUCAAGCCCGUCCAACUCCAGCUCCAGCUCAGACUCCAGCUCGGACUCGGACUUCGAGCCAUCUCAGAACCACAGCCAAGGACCCCUGCGCUCCAUGGUGGAGGACCUGCAGUCCGAGGAGUCCGACGAGGACGACUCUUCGUCAGGCGAGGAGGCUGCCGCCAAGACACACCCGGGGAGGGACUCCAGGUUGAGCUUCAGCGACAGUGAGAGUGACAAUAGCGCCGACUCCUGCCUGCCCAGCCGAGAGCCCCCACCCCCCCAGAAGCCACCCCCACCCAACAGCAAGGUGUCAGGCCGGAGGAGCCCCGAGUCCUGCAGCAAGCCCGAGAAGAUCCUCAAGAAGGGCACCUAUGACAAGGCCUACACGGAUGAACUGGUGGAGCUGCACCGGAGGCUGAUGGCCCUGCGGGAGCGCAACGUCCUGCAGCAGAUUGUGAACCUGAUUGAGGAGACUGGCCACUUCAAUGUCACCAACACCACCUUCGACUUCGACCUUUUCUCCCUGGACGAGACCACCGUGCGCAAACUGCAGAGCUACCUGGAGGCCGUGGCCACAUGACCCUGGGCUGCCAGCAGGGCCCCCACCGCCGGGGUCCUGGGAGGCUGCAGCCAGGCCCUGCCUGCCCUCCUCUCCCGUCUCGCCUGCCCGCAGCACUGCCUUAGCGACAGCCCUGUCUUCGCCCACACGGCCCGCUGCACUUUCCUCGGCGGCUCCCCGCCCACUCUCCCUGCCCCGUCGCCAAGAGUCCCGGGGCCAGGCUGGGCCACACACGAGCCGCCCCCCGGGUUCUCCUCAGAGAGUGGCUGGUGUUGAGGGCAGCUCUGGGCAGAGACAGGGCCUGGGGCCCCUUGCGCAGCCUCAGGACCAGCCCCUACUCUUUCGCGGGCUGUGCGGCAGGGCGUUGCUGCCCCAGUUUCUCUGAGCAGCUGACCGACUGCUGGGGGCGUCUCCAGCCUCCCGAAUGGUUCAAAACACACCCUCUGACCACCCUGGACCUCAGAAGGCUCUGCCUGUGUGUCUGCGUCGUCCUCCAUGUAGACCUAGCGCCGGCUCCUCCCUGGCUCGCGCUGCGCUGGGGUCUGUGCUGUAUAGUUCUCUCUAUUAUAUAUGUGUGUGCACUGUCUGGUCAAGAGCAGUGUCCAUGUGCGUUUCUGUGGCAGCAGUGCACGUGGGGUGGGUGGGGGGUGUGUACGGUGGGGCUUGUAGGUUAAGAUGUCUCUGCGGUGUUGUCGUGGGGCUGGAGGCUGAGCCAGGCGUGGUAGCUGGCCCUCUCCGGGCGCACGGAGGAAUUCUCCCUUUGACGUUCCAAGGAUGCCGCCGCCUCCUGCCGGGGCUCCUGGGGUGGCCGGCCAACACUAAGAAGGGCAGCAAGUCCUCAGGGCGCCGGGGAGCCGCCACUCUGCUCUCAGGCUCUACUCAGACUAGCACCAACAGUCUCCAGGGACAGGCUCGCAUCGGCCGCCCUGCGGCUUGGCCUCCUCCCAUAGGAUCCUCUUCCUCCCUCUCAUUCAUCAAGUCUUCAAACUUUGAAAAACAUAUGAGCUUUUGCCAAAUAAGACGGGAUAGUUGAUGGAGUUUUCUGAGGCUCACUGGACUCCGGUCAGCCCUCGAGCGUGGGCCCAGCCGUCGGCAGCCCCGGGGGGUUGGCCCAGCUGGCCCGUCACCGCCUGGCCCGCCCUGGCCUCCACCGUCACAGUUCAUGCUGGUGCCGGGCUGCACACCCACUCCUGGUAUGCCUGAGGUUCUCCAGGGGCCAAGCCAGUCCUCCCUUGAGGCCCUCUCUUCCAGGGCCAGGAUGCUCCUGUGGAGCCAGCCCACCUCGGCUGGGGUCCCAGGGACUGGAUGCCUGUCUGCUUAGCCUCCGUGUACCAACCCCCUGACUUUCAAGUCCUUGUGCCCUGACCAAGUUCUGAGGAAAAGAGCGCUCAGGGCCUCGAGGUGGCUCGCCCCCCUCAAACUCACCUAGUCUCCUCCCAAGUCUAUGAGCUCAGACACGGGGGCUCCAUCUGUCUUUUCCUGAGGUCCCGAAUCUUGUCCCUGCUCUGAUUCUGUCAGCAGAUCCUGAACACUCCUUGGUGGGGACCCCCGCCUCCAAGGCAGACCCCAAUGCCAGCUGCCCUGGGGAAACUCCCCAGAACUCUCGGGGAAAGGCCCGAGAACCUUCCGAGGAAGCCUCCGGGACUCCUCUCCACUUGCUCUGUUUCUCUCCUGGCCCCGCUGCCUUCAGGUAUCAGGAAGAGGGCAGGCCCCUGCGCCUCCUCUCCCCUUCCCAGGUCGGCCAACAAUACUCCAGCGUGGGGCACUUCCUUUCUUUUCUGCAAACUCUCUAAGACAUUGGACCGAAGGAACUAGCCUGAGGGGGGCUGACCGGGGCCGGUGCUGCUGGGUGCUCUACCCACGGAGGCCGCCGGGGGUCACGGACAGGAACCUCAGCCCAAGGGUGCUGGCCUUUCUCCUUCACAAGAGUCCCCCAGGAUCCACACAGCGACUCAAGCAGCCUUCCGCUCAGCCGGAGGAGGGCCAGGCUCCCCCCCGCCUGCUCUGGGUGGUGGCGUCUGGCCCUUCCUGCCCUUUCCAAGGCCUCCGGAAGCACCAACUCAGUUCUCAGUUACCUCCUCUGGCCAGAAGGUCUCACGCUGUCCUCCAGAGCUGCUCUGGGCCCAGGGCUGGCUCCAUGACCACCCCGAUGGACGUGCUGGGCAGCAUGGGCCCCGAUAGCAGUCCCCAGCUGCUCUCCCACCCCACCCCAGCUGCCCGGCGGCUGGGCCCACGAGGGCUCUGGGGACACUUCCAUAGGAAGGGGCCCGGCACUUUGUGAUUGCCACGUGUCUCGUGUUAAGCCGCCCGCCCCCAGUGCAAAUUUCUGUGUUUCUCUCCUGAACAAAAAUGUAAACCGACGCCGGAAAGCAAAUGGUAUCGAAUACCUUUCUUGCCCACAAGGGUUUUUACAAAGAAUGUGUCUCACUAGGAACUAGGACACUCAUCGGCCCAAGACCAACUCCUGAAUAAAAGGAAUAAGGAGAAUCGUGUUUGUAACGAGUUACAGGAUCGUUUCUUUCCUGGAUUUUAAACUUUUUGUUAAAUCGUGAAAUUAUGGAGGAGUUUUAUAGAAAAAAAAAAGUGAAAUAAAGUCAGAUGGGAAAGCA